UUGCCGCAUAAGAGCGGGUUGUUUUCUAUCAGGCAGUUGCGCGGCCACCCCAGUGGCGCCGCGGAUCAGGCAUAUCAUUGGUCACCAAGCUUUGCUUCUUCCUUUUACGCAUCCCUGCAAGAGCCGCUGCCAAUAUGAAUGACACCGUGACUGUAAGGACGAGGAAGUUCAUGACGAACCGCCUGCUUCAACGGAAGCAGAUGGUUGUCGAUGUCCUGCACCCUGGCAAGGCAACGGUCCCCAAGACAGAAAUCCGGGAUAAGCUCGCCAAGAUGUACAAGACCACCCCAGAUGUGGUGUUCGCAUUUGGCUUCAGGACCCAGUUCGGUGGCGGUAAAACAACAGGCUUUGCCAUGAUCUACGAUUCCCUGGACUACGCGAAGAAGAAUGAGCCGAAACACAGGCUGGCCAGACACGGCCUGGUCGAGAAAAAGAAGUCGUCCAGGAAGCAGCGGAAGGAACGCAAGAACAGAAUGAAGAAGGUUCGCGGCGUGGCUAAGGCUAGCGUCGGCGCGGCUGGGAAAAAGAAGUGAAGUUUCUGUUGCAGGUAUUAUAGAACCAGCAUGGUGUGUAGAGUUGCUGAGAUCUGCCCUGUUUUUAACACCUGUUCCUGUAGUGCUUUUUGCUCCCUCCCAGUUUUGAUCCACAUAUUGGCACCUCUAUUGAUCUUCAGUAGUGCGUUUCCUCAUACUUUUUUCUUUUGAGUUGUUAAGCUCAGAGAAACAUCUGUGCGCACAGUCAGUGAAUGGUGUGCGAGUGUUUCGAUACUCAGAUUUUUGCUUUCUGUCUUUGAGGUUGAGCAGUACUUACCGUUAUCCUCUGCUGGGCCACAGCGCAACAGCAGCGCAUGCUUGUCACUUUCUAAACUGCCUCUCGGCACCUAAUCAGUGUCACACCUCAGCUAUUUGUGACGGUUGCCUAACUUGACGAGCGAAUCAUGACGUGUUAAGGUCACUUGUUCUACAGCCUCGGCAAGAUGUUGGCAGCUCUCGAUGAAAUUUUGGGGCAUGUUAGUGUCCACUAAUAAGCUAGCAAACUACGAGCAUGAAGGAUAUUCACUGAAGUGUGCAAAUAAGCAUUGACUGACCAUUCUGACAAGCAGAUGGUUCACAGGAUGGUCAGUAUGUUACUAGUAGUUUGUUACGCUUGUCUUACUCUAAGUGUGGGUGAUGUAUAGAUAACCUUUUUCGUCUUUUUUUUUCCUGUAGUGAGCAUGGACCUUCAGGGGGCGCCUGGAUCCUUGUGUUAUUUGUGAAAUAAAUUUCCAAAAAAAAAAAAA